AUGACGGAUGUUGGUGAUGAUGAACAUCUUGAUACUGAUAUAAUCACUGAUUAUUCAUUAUCAUCAUCCUUUCCUUCGGAUGUGUAUUCAGUAAUUGAGAAUGAACAAGAUAAACAACCAAAUGACGAAAGUCUCACCGAACAGUCAACAUUAACACCAACAGAAGUGUCUCAUUCGGAUAUAUCAGUUAAUCCUCCAGCGGAUAUCGUACCAGCUCAUAGUGUUUCAAUAACGAAAACGCACAGUCCAAUGUCGUCCGGUGUUGGUGAGACGGUGAAAACAUCGACGCGUUCGGUUUCGAUCGAAAAAGGUACACGAAAUCGUUCACCAAUGCAACGAUAUGUUCCCAAUGAAACAAGCAAUAACUCAUCAUUUUCAUUACUAACCCAAUCAUCGAAUGGCCAAGUCACCGAUAACCUUCGCGAACAACAUCAACGUGAAAAACAAGAACUCGCCGAAUUAAACGAUCGCUUCCGCGGCUAUCUCGAUCGAGUCAAAGUACUUGAGAACAAAAAUUCCAAAUUAACAACUCAACUUGAAGAUAUCACUAAGACAUGGGGCACUGCCUCCCAAGCGAUCGUUUCCCAAUACUCAGGUUCACUCGAUCGUCUUCGACAAGAAGUCAACGAAAGUAUGCUGGGCGAAGCCGAUUUACAAACACGUUUACGUCGUUCACAUUACGAUAUUGAUAAUUAUCGAUCAUUGAUACACGACGAGACCCUAUGGAACAAUCGACAAGAAGAAAAACGUGAACAAUUGAAACUAGAAUACGAACAUUCAUGUGUAGAAUUGACUGCCCUACAACGCUCGUUCAAACAAGUCGAAGAACAACUAAAGAUUUUACUUCAACAACGUGAAGAUUACCUUCAAGAAAUCAACCAACUCAAUGAACUAUCGUACAAAGCAACAUUGGAUCGAAUCAAACUAGAUUUGCAAGUACAAACACUUCGAGAAGAAAUUCCUUUUCUCAACGAUAUUCACACACAUUUAAUCAGCGAAUUCGAACAAUUAAAACCAACGAAUGGUAUCGACACACAAUUAUUCUAUCGUCAAGAAUUAGAGAAAGCUAUUCGUGAUAUUCGUCGUGAUUUUGACACGUUACAUUCAGCACAACGUAAAGAAAUGGAGGACUACUACAAAGUUAAAAUUGAAGAGAUUCAAAACAAUGCGAAGAAACUUGUGCCUGUCCAAUCACAACAAGACAGUCUGACGAAAAUGUCCGAACAAAUCAAAUCAACGAAAUUCGAAUUAGGUGAUACUCAGAAACUAUUGAUUCAUGAAAAAGAUCUCUACAAAGAUUUACAAGAACGUUUGAGUAAACUCGAAGAAGAGUAUAACUAUUUACGUCAUCAACGGGACGACACCAAUGAUAAUAUCAACAAAGAAUUGUCGACCGCACAAGAACGCAUUCAAAAUUUAACCGGAGAGAUUGACACAAUUUUACAAAGCGAACUCGGCAAAGUUUUCAACAAGAAAAUCAAGAAAGGACCCAUUGCUAUCAAGGAUUGCGCACCUGAUGGUAAAUGCAUAACAUUAGAAAACAGUUCGCUUGAUAAAGAUGUUGACGUAUCCAACUGGACAUUGAAGCGACGUGUUGAAGGCUCGCCAGAGAUCUCCUAUAUAAUUCCUUAUGGUUUGAUUAUUAAACAUGGAAAUGAAUUGAAAAUCUAUGCUCGUGGCGCUCAAAACGCACACCACCGUCCACCAUCGCAGGUGGUCAACGAUCAAUUGGACUCAUUGUUUUCGGCUCUGAAACAUCACGUCAUUUACCAUAAAUUCGAACAAGACUGA